AUGUUUCGUCAAGUUGUCCGAAAGCCACUCGGGCUGCUGAUAGUAUUGAUUGCAUCGGUAACGACGCUACCAUCGAUACCGAGACCGGAACAGGAACGAAUAACGUAUCGUGGGUUAAUCCUGCCUAGAGAUUCCGACCCAAAGGAGGGGAACUGUCUGGCGACGUCUGAGCUGAUCUACGUAGAGACGGUGAUCGUCGUGAAGGACGACUCGAGUCACAUCAAUGGAACAUUGGAGAUUUCUGUUGGCAACCCGAUCAGAAUAGAUUGCGUACGCAUUGUGGCAAAAACAGAGCACGAUCGGUCGGCAUUGAAGGGGUUCAAACUUUCGGGCACGAACAAGAUCGUAAUAAGCGUCGCAGAAGAACAACCUUCACAGUCAAAUGCUCUCGAGUACUCGGUGUACGUGUAUGCUGAGCUGGACAAACCGACAAAUAAAUAUGUCGCCACGAGCGCUUACUGA